AUGAAAAAUGAAAGCAACAUUAGCUUCGGAACUGAGAGAACAGUAAAAUCCAUAGAAUCAAUGGAAGAUUUUUCUAAAUAUUCCCAGAGUCCAGCCCAUUUGGCGGUUGCACGCCGUGACUAUGCUGCCCUCAGGCGCAUUAUCUCUACCCUCCCUCGGCUUUCCAAGGCCAGUGAAGUAAGCACCGAAGCCGAAUCUCUUGAGGCUGAGCUCCGAGCUGAUGCUGUCUCAGCUGUCAUUGAUCGCCGAGAUGUUCCUGGUCGUGAGACUCCUCUUCAUCUAGCAGUGCGUCUCCGUGACCCAACCUCAGCCGAGAUUUUGAUGGCGGCUGGUGCUGAUUGGAGUCUUCAAAACGAGAAUGGUUGGAGUGCUCUCCAAGAAGCCGUUUGCACUAGAGAGGAAGCAAUUGCUAUGAUUAUUGCACGGCACUACCAGCCCCUUGCUUGGGCUAAAUGGUGUCGUAGACUUCCCCGUAUUGUUGCCUCUACGGCCCGUAUUCGUGAUUUUUACAUGGAGAUAAGUUUUCACUUUGAGAGCUCAGUCAUCCCGUUUAUUGGUCGAAUUGCCCCAUCAGAUACUUACCGCAUUUGGAAGCGUGGUUCUAAUCUUCGAGCUGACAUGACCCUUGCUGGCUUUGAUGGGUUUCGAAUUCAAAGGUCUGAUCAAACAUUUCUGUUUCUUGGAGAGGGGUACUCUUCAGAUGAUGGCAAUGUGAAUUUGGCACCUGGUUCUUUGAUUGUUCUUGCACAUAAGGAGAAAGAAAUCACAAAUGCUUUGGAAGGAGCUGGUGCCCAACCAACCGAAGCUGAAGUUGCCCAUGAAGUGGCCUUGAUGUCACAGACAAAUAUGUAUAGGCCAGGCAUUGAUGUUACUCAGGCUGAGCUUGUUCCCCAUUUAAAUUGGAGGCGACAAGAGAGGACCGAGAUGGUUGGAAAUUGGAAGGCCAAAGUUUAUGAUAUGCUUCACGUGAUGGUUAGUGUGAAGUCAAGGCGGGUGCCUGGUGCUAUGACCGAUGAGGAGCUCUUUGCAGUGGACGAUGAAGAAAGGGUGGCAAAUGGGGGUGAUAAUGAUGAAUAUGAUGAUGUAUUGACUGCUGAGGAAAAAAUGCAGUUGGAUUCUGCACUUCGAGGGAACUCAGAUGGUGCUUGUGAGGAUGAGGUCUCUGAUUGCCAUGAAAAUGCUUUGGGAGGAUCCUAUGAGAAUUGUGAAUCCAACGGUGUUGUUAAGGAGAAGAAGAGCUGGUUUGGUUGGAACAAGAAAAGUUCAAAGGGAAAUGAUGAUUCUGAAGAUCCAAGGAUUUUGAAGAAGUUCUCAAAGUUGGCCCCAGAAGGUGGCAACCAGAAAUCACUUGAUCAUCAAAAACCAUCAUCUGAAUUUCCUAGAGAUGAUAUUGCAGAUGCUAAGAAAGGAAAAGAUAAAAACAGUAAGAAGAAAAAGAAGAAAGUGGCUAGUGAUGCUAAGCAUGAGAGUGAGUACAAAAAGGGUCUGAGGCCUGUCUUGUGGUUGACACCAGAUUUCCCUUUGAAAACAGAUGAGCUUCUUCCUUUACUAGACAUCUUAGCAAACAAGGUCAAGGCUAUAAGGAGACUCAGGGAGCUUUUGACUACUAAACUGCCCCAUGGCACUUUUCCUGUCAAGGUUGCUAUCCCAAUCGUCCCAACAAUACGAGUUCUUGUAACUUUUACGAAAUUUGAGGAGCUUCAGCCAUUGGAGGAGUUUUCAACCCCUCUCUCCAGUCCAGCACAUUUUCAGGAUGCAAAGUCAAAGGAAUCAGAAGGAUCCUCGUCAUGGAUAUCAUGGGUAAGAGGGGGUCGUGGUGGGCAAUCAAGUGACAGCGAUAGCCACCGAUAUAAGGAUGAGAUUGACCCUUUCCUCAUACCAUCGGACUAUACCUGGGUUGAUGCCAAUGAGAAAAAACGCCGCAUGAAAGCCAAGAAAGCUAAGAGCAAGAAACACAGGAAACAUGCAACAGCCAAGGCUAGUGAUGGGGGACAUCAGGCAAGUGAGGAAGAAUAG